AUGGAGUUGAAAACCACAUUUUUACUGUUACCAAAGUUAAUGUGUAUGUUUUGUCUGCUUCAUAUGCAAGAUUUGUACGAUAUUCUACAACUAGUGCGACGACUUUCAAAAAGUAGUUUAUGUCUGCACUAUAAUAAAGAUUAUUGUUCUUUGAUGCCACAAAUUCUUUACGGUGUAUGGUUUUCUUUUCGCUUUAAUAUCAUUGACCUUAUAUUCAUGAUUUCACUAUCAUUAUUCUCGAAUAAUAGUAAUAAUUCGUCACAUUUAAGUGGUCAGCGUUGGAGAGAAUUACACAAAAAUAAAUAG